UGUGCACAUGUGCGCACGUGUACAUUAAAAUGUACAUAUUAAUACUUAUAUUAGUGCUUAUAUACUAUGUCUACAUCAACUAUCGGUUUAAGAGUAGCCGUUAUUAUAAGUUGAUAAAGGCAUUUCCGCCUGUAACGACGGAAGUGCCUUUAAUAGGUGCACUGUGGAAAUUCGUCGGUGGACCGGAGCAGCUGAUGGCGGCAGUAACUCACUACAUCAACUUGGCUACAAAGGUCGGCGGCAGUGCCAGGAUUUAUUUAUUCACUUUAUACUACAUAGUGAUAUGUGACGCGAGAGACGCAGCAGUCGUCCUCAGGAGCAGUUUAGAGAAGGACUACUUGUACAAGUUCCUCAGGACCUUUAGUGGCAAUGGAAGCGCCUUUGUUUCUGGUCCCAUUGCAAAGGAACGCAGAGCAGUCUUGGUACCUUCCUUUCAUCCCAGGACGCUUUUUAGUUUCGUCGACGUAUUUUGGGAGGAAAGUCGCAGUUUAGCUGACAGCUUAGCUGCCCACGAUGGAAAAGGACCUUUUUCAGUCGAGAAAUACCUGUACAAAUACAACAUUGGAACUAUUCUUAGGGCAGGGAAUAUAACGCUUUCCAAAGUAUACAGUGAUGAGUUUUACAAGGCCCUUACCAGGUGGGAGGGAAUUGCUAAGGAGCGAAUGGUGUCCGUAUGGAAGCACCCAGACUUCCUAUACAAAUAUAGCUCGCUAUAUGAGGAAAGCAGAAAAGUUGUGGAAACCUUGCACCACUAUGCCCAUAAGAUUUUGCAUCUAAGAUUGGAAGAAAUCAAAAGGCACAGUCGGCUUGGAAUAAAAGAAGCAGACCAACGUCUAAAAGAAGGAAUAUUUGAUGCCAUAAUCAACUCCAAUUUGGAUGAAGAGGCGAAGAGGGAAGAGAUAAUAGUGCUUAUUGUUGGCACUGAUCUCGUGGGCUUGAGCCUGGGCUUCACGAUGAUGCUACUUGGCAUGUACCCGGAAGUACAGAAUAGGGUUUAUAGAGAAUUACAAGACAUCUUUGGUGGCAGUGACAGACCUGUAACAAAGGAAGACCUCGCGAAGCUGACGUAUGUGGAUAUGGUCAUCAAGGAGAGCUUGAGACUUUACCCACCAGUACCGGUUAUUGCAAGAAAAGUUCUCAAGGACGUUGCACUACCUUCAGGAAGGACCAUACCAGCUGGUACGGGAGUAUGCGCGGCCAUAAUGGGUAUCCACAAGAACCAGAAGUACUGGGGUGCUGAUGCAGAAUGUUUCGAUCCGGAUAGAUUCUCCACGGAACGGUUCGAAGGAGUUCCCCCACAGGCGUAUAUGCCCUUCAGUUUUGGACCAAGGAAUUGUAUUGGUUACAAAUACGGGCAGAUAUCAAUGAAGGUUGUACUAUCGACGAUUCUGAGGAGGUACAGGAUAGUCGGCAAACCGGCGGCCGGACCGCUGCCCGAAAUCAAGACCAAGCUACGGAUCUUCACGAGGUCGCAAGAUGAUUUCACCAUAGAACUUGUUAGUCGAAAAUAAAUUUUAGAUCAUGUU